UCAACUCCACCACAGGCAAGAGCUCAGACUUCUCCCAUCAAUUCGACCUGCUGUUUGACGAGAAGCAUCAAACUGAAGGAAGUUUAUAAGAGUUGAGAUAAGUCGCGGGAAACUUAAACAUAACAUGAUAUUAGGACCGCACCAUCACGACCAGUAAAAUAAAAUGGGAUAUGUUUCUUUCAAAACUUUAUGUAAAGGCAUCUGCAAUACUCUUCUUUGUCAUUCUUCAGGGGUUGAAGGCACAGGAUUCUAGUACAACUGAAAAUAUCUCAGAAUCCACUGUCAUUACAAUCACUUAUUCAACUCCUACAACUCAAAAUGUCUCAGAAUCCACUGUAACUACAAUCAGUUCUUCAACUGAGUCUCACACAUCAAAUACUCCAACAACUCAAAAUGUCUCAGAAUCCACUGUAACUACUAUCAGUUCUUCAACUGAGUCUCAAACAUCAUCAACUCCUACAACUCAAAAUGUCUCAGAAUCCACUGUAACUACUAUCAGUUCUUCAACUGAGUCUCAAACAUCAUCAACUCCUACAAAAUUCACUGUCAUUACAUCCACUUCUUCAACUGAGUCACAAACAUCAUCAACUCCUACAACUCAAAAUGUCUCAGAAUCCACUGUCAUUACAACCAUUUCUUCAACUGAGUCUCAAACAUCAACUCCUACAACUCAAAAUGUCUCAGAAUCCACUGUAACUACAAUCAGUUCUUCAACUGAUUCUCAAACAUCAUCUCCUCCUACAACUCAAAAUAUCUCAGAAUCCACUGUAACUACUAUCAGUUCUUCAACUGAGUCUCAAACAUCAUCAACUCCUACAACUCAAAAUGUCUCAGAUCCCACUGUCACUACAACCACUUCUUCAACUGAGUCUCAAACAUCAACUCCUCCAACUCAAAAUGUCUCAGAAUCCACUGUAACUACUAUCAGUUCUUCAACUGAGUCUCAAACAUCAUCAACACCUACAAAUCCCACUGUAACUACAACCACUUCUUCAACUGAGUCUCAAACAUCAAAUCCUCCUACAAAAUCCACUGUCAUUACAACCACUUCUUCAACUGAGUCUCAAACAUCAACUCCUACAACUCAAAAUGUCUCAGAUUCCACUGUCACUACAACCACUUCUUCAACUGAGUCUCAAACAUCAACUCCUCCAACUCAAAAUGUCUCAGAAUCCACUGUCAUUACAACCACUUCUUCAACUGAGUCUCAAACAUCAUAUCCUCCAACAACUCAAAAUGUCUCAGAAUCCACUGUAACUACUAUCAGUUCUUCAACUGAGUCUCAAACAUCAUCAACACCUACAAAUUCCACUGUAACUACAACCACUUCUUCAACUGAGUCUCAAACAUCAAAUCCUCCUACAACUCAAAAUGUCUCAGAUUCCACUGUCACUACAACCACUUCUUCAACUGAGUCUCAAACAUCAACUCCUCCAACUCAAAAUGUCUCAGAAUCCACUGUAACGACUAUCAGUUCUUCAACUGAGUCUCAAACAUCAACCCCUCCUACAACUCCAAAUGUCUCAGAAUCCACUGUCAUUACAACCACUUCUUCAACUGAGUCUCAAACAUCAUCUCCUCCUACAACUCAAAAUGUCUCAGAAUCCACUGUAACUACUAUCAGUUCUUCAACUGAGUCUCAAACAUCAUCAACUCCUACAACUCAAAAUGUCUCAGAAUCCACUGUAACUACUAUCAGUUCUUCAACUGAGUCUCAAACAUCAUCAACUCCUACAACUCCAAAUGUCUCAGAAUCCACUGUCAUUACAACCAUUUCUUCAACUGAGUCUCAAACAUCAUAUCCUCCAACAACUCCAAAUGUCUCAGAAUCCACUGUCAUUACAACCACUUCUUCAACUGAGUCUCAAACAUCAACUCCUACAACUCAAAAUGUCUCAGAUUCCACUGUCACUACAACCACUUCUUCAACUGAGUCUCAAACAUCAACUCCUCCAACUCAAAAUGUCUCAGAAUCCACUGUAACUACUAUCAGUUCUUCAACUGAGUCUCAAACAUCAUAUCCUCCAACAACUCAAAAUGUCUCAGAAUCCACUGUAACUACAACCACUUCUUCAACUGAGUCUCAAACAUCAAAUCCUCCUACAACUCAAAAUGUCUCAGAAUCCACUGUCAUUACAACCAUUUCUUCAACUGAGUCUCAAACAUCAACUCCUACAACUCAAAAUGUCUCAGAAUCCACUGUAACUACUAUCAGUUCUUCAACUGAGUCUCAAACAUCAUCAACUCCUACAAAUUCCACUGUAACUACAACCACUUCUUCAACUGAGUCUCAAACAUCAUAUCCUCCUACAACUCAAAAUGUCUCAGAUUCCACUGUCACUACAACCACUUCUUCAACUGAGUCUCAAACAUCAACUCCUACAACUCAAAAUGUCUCAGAAUCCACUGUAACUACUAUCAGUUCUUCAACUGAGUCUCAAACAUCAACCCCUCCUACAACUCACAAUGUCUCAGAAUCCACUGCCAUUACAACCAUUUCUUCAACUGAGUCUCAAACAUCAACUCCAACUCCAAAUGUCUCAGAAUCCACUGUCAUUACAACCACUUCUUCAACUGAGUCUCAAACAUCAUCUCCUCCUACAACUCAAAAUGUCUCAGAAUCCACUGUAACUACUAUCAGUUCUUCAACUGAGUCUCAAACAUCAUCAACUCCUACAACUCAAAAUGUCUCAGAAUCCACUGUAACUACUAUCAGUUCUUCAACUGAGUCUCAAACAUCAUCAACUCCUACAACUCCAAAUGUCUCAGAAUCCACUGUCAUUACAACCAUUUCUUCAACUGAGUCUCAAACAUCAUAUCCUCCAACAACUCCAAAUGUCUCAGAAUCCACUGUCAUUACAACCACUUCUUCAACUGAGUCUCAAACAUCAACUCCUACAACUCACAAUGUCUCAGAUUCCACUGUAACUACAACCACUUCUUCAACUGAGUCUCAAACAUCAAAUCCUCCUACAACUCAAAAUGUCUCAGAAUCCACUGUCAUAACAACCAUUUCUUCAACUGAGUCUCAAACAUCAACUCCUACAACUCAAAAUGUCUCAGAAUCCACUUUCAUUACAACCACUUCUUCAACUGAGUCUCAAACAUCAACCCCUACAAAAUCAACUGUCAUUACAACCACUUCUUCAACUGAGUCUCAAACAUCAUCUCCUCCUACAAAAUCCACUGUCAUUACAACCACUUCUUCAACUGAGUCUCAAACAUCAUCUCCUCCUACAACUCAAAAUGUCUCAGAAUCCACUGUAACUACAACCACUUCUUCAACUGAGUCUCAAACAUCAACUCCUACAAAACCAGAUGUGAUCGGGAAUCUUACAACGACUGACAUCACAACAUCUUCUAUAUGUUUAACAUGGGACAAACCACUUGGAAACAUAUAUUCCUUUAGAGUUCAAUGGACUGUUACGAAAUCAUUCAACACUACAACAACAACGAAUAACACUUAUUGCAUCACUUAUCUGAUUCCUGGUGUCAAUUACACAUUUAUCAUCACAGCUGUUAGAGAUAAUGUAACAGAAGGCAAACCCAUCAACAUCUCAAAAUUUACUAAGCCCGAUGUGAUCAAGAAUCUCAACGUGUCUAACAUUACAACAUCAUCUGUAGUGCUGAAAUGGGAUGAACCAUCUGGAAAUAGAUCUUUCUUUAUAAUUAACUGGAUGGUUAAUAAUAUAAGCAAAAGAGGACCCAAGGAUACAUUCUAUGUUGAUAAGUCAUCCAAAAAUGUCACAGUCAAUGACUCUUCCUAUUGCAUCAAUGAACUUUCAGCUGGAGUCAGAUACGCAUGUUGUGUCACUGCUGUUGCAGCAGACAGUAUAACCAAAGGCGAAGCUGUCUGUGAAUCAGUAUAUACAAAACAAACUUCAACAACGCCGAUUGUUGGUAUAGUUCUUGGCUUGUUAUGUAUUCUCUUUACCGUCACUCUCAUUAUAUUCUUCUAUUUAAGAAGGAAAACAAAAGAAAAUUGUACAGAAAUCCCUGUCCACACCAUUAGGUACAGGACUAUGCCUUUGAGUAUAGAAGAUUAUAAAGAGUACUUUAAACAAAAACAUGCAGACUCCAACUGUGGUUUUGCUGAAGAGUAUGAGGACUUGAAACCUGUUGGAACUGCACAGCCUAAGAAUGCUGCCCUUGCAAUUGAAAACAAGACAAAGAACCGUUACACUAAUGUGUUACCUUAUGAUGCUUCAAGAGUAAAAUUAUCAAUAUGUGGCAGCCCCUUUGAUGAUUACAUCAAUGCCAACUACAUCCCAGGCUACAAUUCAAGGAAAGAGUUUAUAGCUGCUCAAGGUCCAUUGCCCGUCACAGUGAAUGAAUUCUGGAGAAUGAUCUGGGAGAAGAAUGUCUACACCAUAGUGAUGCUGACCAGAUGUAAUGAACAAGGACGAGUGAAAUGUGAGAAGUACUGGCCAUCUGGGACUAACCAUUAUCAUAACAUCUCAGUAACAACAACCUCAGAGAUACCAAUGGAGAACUGGACCAUAAGAGACUUCACCAUAAAAAAUGUUAAGACAGCUGAGACUCGCGCUGUACGCCACUUUCACUUCACGGCGUGGCCGGAUCAUGGAGUCCCAGAAACCACUGAACUUCUCAUUGACUUCAGACACCUGGUGAGAGAACACAUGGACCAGUAUUCACUCCACUCUCCAAGUGUGGUACAUUGCAGUGCUGGUGUGGGUAGAACAGGGACCUUCAUUGCCAUCGAUUGCCUGAUCUUCCAGAUUGAGAGAGAAAGCAAGGCAGAUGUUUAUGGAAUCGUUAAUGAUAUGCGCAUACACAGACCUCUCAUGGUGCAGACUGAGGAGCAAUAUGUUUACCUCCACCAAUGUGCCUUUAACAUCAUAAGAUCAAGAACUGGAAAUAACGUGGACUUAAUUUACCAGAACACAGAAGCACUCGACGUCUACGAGAAUUUAAAAUUUCACAAAUAUUAAAUGUAGAUGUUCACAUGAUGGCCCUCAUCACAAGAUCAUUGAAAUUUAAGAUAAUAUAAAACUCUUGUCACACUUAAUUUUACAAUCAUAAAGUGCACUAUGUCUAUACAACACAUGAAGUUGGAUGUAAUUUAUUUCUUGGACAAUUCUUUAAACUUUUAAAUAGGCACAAUUUCAGAUUAAUACAUUCAUUAAAAAUGACACUGGAAAGAAUGGAGCCAUUCUGUUAGUAAUUGUAUAUCUAAUAUUUAAAUCAAGAGCUCCUUAUUUUUUUUUACUGUGACAUAUUCAAAGGGUAUAUCUGUAUAAUUUGACUUAAUACUCAAUAAAAUGUCAAACCCCUGUACAUUUUUAAUACUGACAAUUUGAUUGUAUAUGUUAGUGUGGGCCUUUGUGAGAUCCCUAGUUUUUUUUUUUUAGGUUAUUUAGUGUAAGUCCACAGUUUGUGUUACUGUGGUAUUGCAAAUUGAACUUAAUUACAAAUCAAUUUUAGUGAUCUGCUCGUAACCAGAGGUCGCAUUCAAAUAAACUAUUACGGAAGUGGAAUGAAUAAACCUUCCCUUACCCGUCCCUUAAAGAAGAUAAUAUUGUGCUCUGUUUUUAACCACUUAGUGUUUUUCCUACUGUAAUUUCCUCUCCUCCCACUAGAAGGCACUCCAAGCACUAUGAUUGUCAUUGCACAUAUUGAAAACGUAUACAUAUUUUAUCAUGAUAAUACUUUUACAGCGAUCAGGAUUUCUGUCCACUUGCUAAAUUAUUUUUCCAUGUUCACUAAAGACAAUAAGUGGAAAAUGGGGGAAAUAUGAAUUUUAUUUUGUUAUAAAUGUUUCCGUAUACUCGUUUUUUUUUUUUUUUAAAGGGUUUGUCAAGUGCAUGAAACACAACUUGUGCUGGAUAUGAGUAUUUGCUUGUAGUUUUAUUUGACUUCUAUCUAAACCGUGGCCAAAAGUAUUGGCAGUGACAUACGUUUUGUGUUUUGCAAAGUUUGCUGCUUCAGUGUUUGUAGAUUUUUUUUCACAUGUUUCUAUAGUUUACUGGAAAACAAUGAUAAAGUUUCAUGAGUUUUAAAGGCUUUUAUUGGCAAAAACACUCAAUUUUUUCAAAGAGUAAAUAUUUACAGUGUUGACCUUUGUUCUUCAUAACCUCCGCAAUUCACUCUAGCAUGCUGGAUAUCAGCUUCUGGGCCAAAUCCUGACUGAUGACGAUCCAUUCUUGCCUUAUUAGUGCUUGGAGUUGAUCACAAUUUGUGGGCUUCUGGUUGUCCUCUCACCUUUUGAGGAUUGACCACAGGUUCUCUAUGGGAUUAAGAUCUUGGAAGUUGCCUGGCCACAGAUCCAAAAUUUCAAUGUAAUGAUCUCUGAGCCACUUCAUUACCACUCUUGCCUUGUGACAUGGUGCUCCUUCAUGCUGGAAAAUGCAUGGAUCAUCACCAAAUUGCUCCUGGAUCUUUGGGAGAAGUUGCUCUUGCAGGAUAUUUUGAUAACAUUCUUUAUUCAUGGCAGUGUUUUUGGGCAGGAUUGUGAGAGAGCCCACUCCCUUGGAUGAAAAGCAACCCCACACAUGGAUGGUCUCAAGAUACUUCACUGUUGGCACAACACAAGACUCAUGGUAGCGUUCACCUUUUCUUCUCCAGACUAUCGAUUUUCCAGAUGUCUCAAACGUUUGGAAGGUGGCUUCUUAAGAGAAAAUAACAUUGCACCAGUCUUCUGCUGUCUAAUCCUUGUACUUCCUGCAGAAUUUCAGUCUGUCCUUGAUGUUUUUCUUGGAGAGAAGUGGCUUCUUAGCUGCCCUUCUUGACACAAGGCCAUUGUCCAAAAGUCUUCGCCUCACUGUUUGUGCAGAUGCACUCACACCAACCUGCUGCCAAUAUUGAGCAAGCUCUGCACUGGUGGUCACAUGAUUCCAUAACUGACUCCUCAGGAGGAGAUGGCCCUUGCGCUUGCUGGACACUUUGGACAUCCUGAAGCCUUCUUCACUGCAGUUGAACCUCUCUCCUUGAAGUUCUUGAGGAUCCGGUAAAUGGUUCUUUCAGGUGCAAUAUUCUUUGCAGCAAUUUCCUUGCAUGUGAGGCCAUUUUCAUGCAAAGCAAUGAUGGCUGCACUUCUUUCUUUAGAGGUAACCAUUGCUAACAAGAACACAAUGAUUGGAAGCAUUUCUUCCCUCCUUUUAUAGCAAUCAGUCUGCUCUUAUAAUCCAAUCAGAAUAUUAGAAUGAUUUCACCUGACUAGUACUCGUAAACACUUUCCCAGGUGCUGCUGAUAUUCUUAGUGAAAUUAUGUUAGCUGGUCAUUUUGUGCCAGGGCCAAAAAACAGUGAUUUCUUUUCACACUUCCAUAUGUUACACAGGGUUUUAAUGCCAAUUCAAAAAAAUUCAGUUUAAUUAUUUUUACCUCCUGAAUUGUUAUUAUUAUUUUAUUAUUUUCUUUAAUGUUUUUUGUAUUUUAAUUUGUAUUUAUUUAUUUUUUGCUUUAUAUAUUGAAUCCAUUGAAUUUUGUUUUGUUUCAAGUACAUGACUGGUUAUAAAUGCUGUUUCAUCAGUUAUUCUAUAACUUUUUGAACAUUUCUUAUUCUAUGUGUCUGGAUAGUUGGCUAUUUUUAUUAUCAUUAUUAUUUAAUUUUGUAUCCCUGCUUGCAUAUAGGAAGUGUCUUAUACAUCUUUUUGGGUUAAUCAGAUUAUGGAAGUUGUAUCCAUUCUUUAGGAACACUGAUACAUGCUGGAAACAAUCAACAAAAAAUUUAUAAAAACAAAGUGAUUGUGGCACAAUCUGAAAAUAAAACCUUUGGCUGGUGCAUGACUCCCUGGACGUAUGCAAUUUGAAUUCUGCCAUCUUUGCUCAAGGACACUCCAUUCUAGGCAUGGAAGUUUUCAAGUCAAUCAGGAAAAUGAUGUCAUGAAAGGAUUGGUAUAUUGAAUUAUAUUGAAUAUAGAUUGCUAUAAGAAUUAAACCCAAGCCUUACACUAUCCACAAAACUUGAAAGUCUAUUUCACGAUUUUAAGAACCUGAAAUAGUGUAUAUUCAUACUUAUCAUUUUUUUAAAUUAUUUUCGCAGAAUACAUUGCUAUUUACGGAAGCUCAAAGAGGACAUGCGUUAUUAUUGUUUGUCUGUGUCGUUUUCUCGUGAUCUCAACAUAACUAAGGUUGUUUUCUCGUGAUCGUGACUUAAUUUUCUCGUGAUCUCGACAUAACAAAAAGUUGUUUUUACCUUUAAUUUUCUAUACAGUUUUUAAUUGACCUACAGGAUUUACAAUUAAAAGUGACAAUGAGAGAUCCUUGGCAGAAAAGUACAAUUUAUUAUAUGUAAAUGUAAAUUUAUGUUAAUUCAUUACACUUUGGUUAUAAAAUAUUCACCUGCCCUGUCCAAGAGUCUUCUAACCAGUCACCUUUCACAUAGGCUAAAUCAAACAUAUUAAUAAACACCAGGCAGCACGUCACAAACACUUAAUAAACGUUUAUUCAUCAAUAGAGUAAGACUCGCUUUCUUCUGCACUCAACAGGAGUCACUUUGAGCUUCCGUAGCUAUUUAUAAAUGUCCGUCAAAGGAAAUCAUGGUCAUUACAGUAUCUACCAGCAGGGGCUAACUGGCCCCAUGUUAUUGUGAUGUGAGGAGAGGCUUAAGCCCGUUUCACACAUCCUCCGUGUGCGGUGCGUAUGCGGUACAGGAGCAGCACGCGCUAUAGUGCUUUCACAUAUGCUGCGUUUGCAGUGCGCUACAGAUCCGCAGUUUCUGUGUGCCACAAAAUCAAAAAUGUGUAAGUUAUUUUGAUUUUAAAUCCAAACGUUAACUUUGACAUUGUUUUAAAGCAUUGAAACAGUAUGAAAAUAAUUUUUAAUCAUUGUGAUUCUUUGUUUUACAUAGUUCGAGUUGUUGACAGAAGAAAAGCUAUCGCUAUAUAUCUGUUUCAUUAUAUGAAAUGAAAUAAGGACAUGACGGUUCCGGGCACAACUCCCUCGGACCGCCGGACGGGGGCCUACGCCAAAGAGAGAGACAUUACCUUCUGUUUUACAUUUAUCAAAUAAAUGGCA